AUGGAUUCCGAGUCAACGACCACGCUACCCGCAACCGCGGAAGACCUCACACCCCUCGAGCAAGACGUCUUGGACGAAUACGAGCGAUUGGCUGAGAACAUGAAGAAGUUAGCAAGUCUCCUCGAUUCAAUGGCGGGCAGACCGACAGCAGAGAUACUGGAUGGACUGAGGCAAUUGGAAAGAAAGACAAGUUUGGUAUUCACGCUACUGAAGGCGAGUGUCUACAGUAUUGUAUUGCAGCAGGAGAUAUAUUCUGGGGACCAGGGCGGGCAGGAGGAAUGA